CAGAUGAAUGUGGAACUUCACGUUAUUCAUCCAGAAGGCUCACACUGAUGCACAAGACACGUGGCAGCUGGGAUGAUAACAACAACAACAAACAUGGAGGAAUCCCUGAACAAAAGCAAACAAAAGCAUCUGUUUGCUUUUGUUCAGGGAUGUUUUUCACUACACAAUGGCCAGGGUUUCCACUACUCUGAAUGUACUUGAAAUUCUUAUUAAAUUGAAAUUCUUAUAGAAAUAUUUUUCAAGACAUUAAAAGAGCUUAAGUUUAAAUAAGGUGAUAUAAAAACUUGAAUAGAGCCACCAUCGUGAUUUAUUGUGCCAAACUGAUGCAAAAUAAACAACAAUUUGUUGUUUAAAUGUAUGUAUGGGUCCAUCAUUAGUUUCACUAAUAUACCAAAUUCAUUAUAAUUGAAAAAUGUGGCUUCUUGUGGCAAAUAUAGACUUUCGCUUGGGAAUUGGUUUGAAACCACACACCCCAAAAAAUUGCACUUACAAAAAUCACAAUUUUACUGUCAAACUCUAGCCGCUAUCAAUUUCAAAUUAUUAUUAGCAGUAGUAAUGGCAGUAGUAGUCGUAAGUAGUUGUGUUCGUGAAUUACAGCAUAGUAAACGGAAGACACCGCUCACGUAUUGUUGUAAUGUCUCAAAUGACCACUAAGCGUCACUCAAAUGCCAUUAAAGCCUGUGAGUGUGUGUUUGGGACAAACGAUUUCAGAUCAACUGUCGAAGUCACAGUGACACAAGGGAACAAGCUGCAACCAUUUCAACACUUCCCCAAAAAGGGUGCAAAAAGACUGCUUCUCUAUAUUUAAAUUACUUUCGAAUUUGUUCAUUUUGUUAUUUGUCUCAAAUUCAAAUCACAUUUUGCAACGUCAGUUGUUAAAUGCAUUCAUUAAUAAAUUAAAAUGAUUAAUGAUAGGUGUGGAGAGAAAGAUAAAUUCCAGUGAAGCUGCAUGGUUAUUCACACUGCUCAUUCAUCAGUGUGGGACAAAUCAACAGUGCGCAGAUGGCUAUAUUAUAUAACGUUAUUGCUUCUAAGCAGAGCUGACAUGGGGAGGGACUAGUUGUUCAAACAUGGAUUUGAACCUAGAAAUGUUCUAAUUGACAUAUAGGAAUGGAAAUCAAUUUAAAACAUUAAUUUAGGAGGAGUCGGGAAACUCUUAUAACAGGAAACUAUGGUAUCACAUUGACACAUUUUAACCAAAUAGUAAAUGAUUGAUAUGAUAACAUGCAAUAAUAAAUGUAUUUAGCAUUCAUGGUGAUGAAGACAACGGGAAUAACUAACCAAUGUGACACAGUUCUUUGGAAUAAUGGAUGUUUUUAACUGGAUGUUCAAUGCUGAAUAUAUUUGGUUUGGUGACAUAACGGUCCCAAUAGGACUUUUGCACAUGAUGUUCUUGACUUCCAGCUAUGUUGAAUAAAGCCCUUACCCCAGUGGGACUGGUUGGUCGAUCAGAGAGUCAGAAAGGGGAUUUUUAUCCUCAUUAAAUGCAACAUGGAUUUUGCUUGUGAUGCUGGAGAGCCACCUCUAUGGUGACACGACACCUGCUGUCAUGAAUGGAUGGGGGUCAGAGGUGAUUGUGCCAUGCCCAACCUGGAGUCAUUACUAUCCUGAAGAGGCCAGGAAUUGAGCAGAGCAUCAUCGCCCUCUCAAGGCUGUGGCUGAGAGGGCGAUGAUGGACAUGGAGACAGUGAUGCAGAACACUACGGCCAUUGCCUUUGGAAAGGAAUUCACAACGAAAAGGUGAGUACGUACCAUUCCAAAAGGGACACACAGGUUAAUAUGAGCAUCACCAGGGAUGCUGAGGUUGUCAAGACAUUCAACUUGCUUAGAAACAGAACACACCGAUGUGCUCACAAAAGAACAGGCUGGUGCUGAGCAGUAAGAGGCGUUUACAGCUCAGUGACAUAGGAAUGACUCUCUUGUUCAUUUAAGGACUCUGACAGACUCCUUCCUUAGCAACACCCAAUAACUUAUAUACUUACUUCUGAGACACCCAAUCUAGCCCAAUUUUUGCAAUAAAUGAACUAAAGAAGACGACUGAGGGCAUGGCAUACAGGAGUUGGACAAAAAUAAUGCAAAGACCUUGAAGCUGCCAUUAUUGUACACAGUGGUUACAAACAGCGCUAGAGGUUCGUUUCGACCGCGUAAGGAGUUUGUGUUCCGCUCGACAUUAUGUCGUGAUUGUUCGACAACCAUGAGACUGAUAUUUAAAUACUGAAUACUACUGAGUAUCUAAGUGGCUAGUAGAUAUAAAUAAAAGUAGUAGAAUGAUAGCAUCACGCAGGUGUAGGAUGUGGUAAAACAACUUCGGUGGGCGGGUCCUUUCUCACCAGCACCGCCCCCACGGGAUCAUCCAGGCGGAUUUUCAAGGUGUCGCUCAGACCCGACUGCGUCAAUAGCUGGCGUUUCCUCAGUUCCUGAAAUAACACUUUACUUUUCGGGAAAACAACAACAAAAGCGACACUCUCGGAGAAUAUUACACGAACGCGGAAUUGGGUGAGACGCUACAUAUAAGUGCCGCUGAGGCUUGCGGUGCCAUGAUGAAGAGGUCUGUCCCACAAACAGUUGUCAUCUUCUUCCUCUGCACUGUAGUGGGCGCACGCUACACUCUGCCGGGGAAGCCUGCCCUGACCAGCUGUCGGUCUCCAGAAAAAGAGACCUUUACUUGUUGGUGGAAGCCAGGUGAUGAUGGAGGACUGCCUACCACAUAUGCGCUGUACUACAGCAGAGAGAACUCGGAUAAAGUCAUAGAGUGCCCCGACUACCACACUGCGGGCGAGUUCUCCUGCUUCUUCAACAAGAAGGACACGUCCCUCUGGAUCAACUAUAACAUCACUGUUGUGGCAACAAACGCUCUUGGGAGCACCUCUUCAGAUCCAGUCGACAUUGAUGUGGUCUAUAUAGUGCAGCCAAAUCCACCGGAGAAGGUGUCAUUUUCUAUACUGGAGGACAAAAGCCUGCCCUUCCUCAGAGUGUCAUGGGAACCGCCACUAAAAGCCGAUACUCGCUCAGGAUGGAUCACGCUAGUUUAUGAGAUACGCAUCAAGUUGGAGGAAGACAUUGACUGGGAGAUGCACUCUGCCGGCCAGCAGAAGUUCUACAGCAUUUUUGGCUUGAGAUCAGGUGGCAGCUACCUGGUUCAGGUGCGCUGUAAACCCGAUCAUGGCUUCUGGAGUGAAUGGAGCUCCGCCUCCAGCAUUCUCUUUCCUGAAUAUUCCCGUCCGGAGAAAUCAAUGUGGGUCCCAAUAAUUGUAAUUGUGGCCUUUACCUUCUGCCUCGUCACCUGUUUGUUUCACAUGAACAGCAGCAGCCUGAAGCAUUUUUUUCUGCCACCGGUUCCAGGUCCUAAAAUCAAAGGAUUUGAUGAGCAUCUUAUGAAGGGUGGUGACUCGGACAACAUCUUCAGUACUCUGGUGGUGUGUGACUUCCCUCCCACCACUUUGUCCGACUACGAUGAGCUGGUGGUGGAGUACCUAGAGGUUGACGUGCCUAAGGAACAGGAGCUGAUAGCGGAGACGACUAAGUGUCCCCAUGGAGGCCGCCCCAAAUCGGACGAUCCAUCAGACAGCGAUUCUGGCCACGGAAGCUGUGACAGCCACACGCUGCUGAUGGACAAGUGUGAGGGGACAAGGAGGGAGCUUAAUCAGGAUGAAGGGAUUAGAGGAAUGGAGCAAGAGAAAGGCUGGGAUGAGAAUGCCUUUGCUGAUGAUGGAACUGCUAGUCCCGACAUGUCGAGUGGAAGAGUGAAAACUUGGCCAUCUGUGUUCUCUCCAACUCCACUGUCCAGCACACUGGAGAUGUCCAAACAGCACUCCCUCUCUGACAGCUUGUUGCAGCCUGGCUUGGCGUCCUCUAUUCCCUCAAUAGUCUGUCAAAGCAGCCAGGAGGGACCGGAGUACUGGCACUUCUGCUCCGAAUCACACAAGCAGUUCCAUCAGACCCACAGCGACGCCAGCAUCACCUCAAGAAUCUGUCACAGACUCAUCUCCCCGGAUGCUGAGCUACCCACGCCGAUGGCUAAAGAAGCAUAUGUGGAAGUACAGCGGGUCAUGGAAGAGAACGUGGUGCUGCUUCAGCCUGUUGAGCGAGACUUUUCUGGUAGACAGUGCCCUCUAGAGGCGCAAGAGAAGGACUACAGUAAAGUAAAGCGCGUGGACGGCGAUCAUGUGCUCCUACUCCAAACGAGUUCGACAGAAGAGGAUGCCCACAUGUCACUGUCCCUAAAUGAAGCUGCAGACAACGUGACACGGAAGUCUGCAGCAUCUGCGUGUACUACAUUGCCAAGCCAGGAGAAGGGAGCGGUUACAGCGAGUGGCUAUGUAGAUGCAGCUACUAUGUUUGUUCCUCUUACAUAGCAGAGCGCCUUGAUGCUGACACUGAAGUCUGUAACUCUCCAAGACUUGAUUUAAACCUGAAAUUCAAAAGAUCUGGAUUACUUGUGCUGCUUUUUUAAAUGUUAUUAAUAUUUUUGCCUUCUCAUCAAAUGAAUGAUCUGCUCGUGAUUAAAUAAUACAAUAGUUUUGAGUUAAAAAAUUUUGUCAUAAUACAUCAUAAUAUUAUGAAUAGAAUGAAUGAAAAUAUUUAUUUCUGUUUGACAUUUUGGCAAAUGAGUGACAUGUUCGUAAUGUAAAAGCACACGUAUAGAGAGUGUGUGCUCAUACUGCAAAACGAAGACUGCAUUGUUUUCUAUGUUCGGCGAUUUACUGAAAGUGACCUGUAUAUUAUGU